UCUUAACUGUCUUCGCCUUGAACCAGCAUGGUUGGGGCAACCGAUCGUUGCCAGAGGGGAGAUGUUGGGUUCAUGGGAUGUUUUCGCAGGGGUGGAAAUGGCGUCGAAAUCUGAGACAGAGAAUGAGAACACGAGAGAGUCUGAAAACAAGAAAAGGAAGAAUAGAUUGAAUUGUUCAAGCGAUUCCAGCCAGUCAUUGCGACGUAUCUCGUUAGGAUGAAAAGCCGUGACAAAAGAAGACGGGAUUUCCAAGGACCCACAUGAGUUGGUGGCGGUAAAGCGCUAAAUCAUUGUUUGCCAACCACCAAUAAACCUAAAAAGGAAGAAGAAGAACCAACGUGGUUUGCACGGCUAACGAGGAUGAAUGAGAACAUUGACAGACACGACUAACGAGUCAAACAACACAACAGAUAACCAUGUUUAUCGUGGAUGAAGAUUGGAAUGAUGAACCCGAUUCUCUAGUCCUGAGUAAUACUGUUCUCAAAAGUACUCAAAAGACUGACUGCAGCAUCGAUGUCAAGUCAAAGCGAGUUGGAAAAAAGAGCCUGUUACGGACCCUUCAGACACUGGGAUCCGUACCAGAAUGGAAGAACGAAGGACCCCAGGAGGGCUGUGAUAGUGACACAGAAACGACCCCGUUACAAACGAAGAGGAAGAAAAAAAGAAGCAAAAGGCGAAGGCAAGGGGAUGAAAAAGACAAAGACGACGGUGAUGUACACCUGGUUGGCAAGGACGAAAAACCGGCACCCAAAUUGAAGAAGAACGUAAAAUUCGGUUCUCAAAAAAUAAAGAAAACAGAUUUGCAUACAGAGAAAAUUGAAAAAACUCCAGCAGUUAAGUCGAGAGAAGAAAUUGAAGAAGAUGCAGGGAAAUUAAACCGGAAGCAAUGGAGAAACAGAAUGAAAAACAAGAAGAGAUGUAAAAAUAAAUACAGACAAGAUAAGCCUGAGCAAAAAGAAAUUACAGAAGGCACUAAAGAACAAUGCAACACAGAGGGGCAACUAAAAGAGAAUUCGCAAAAUAACAGCAGUAAAAAAGUGCUUACUCAAACACCAGCCCAAAAAACAAAAAAGGAUAGGGAACUCAAACCACACGAAGGAAAACCCAUGUCUUUGUCAGUGGACACACAAACAGUCACAGGAAAUAAGAGCCUUACCGCUCAAGGGGGUAAGCAUAAAAAAAGUUUAUUUGAAUCUUCUCACCACAAAUCAAAACAGGACACAGCUGAACCUCAAAGGGAGAUUGCAGAUGACCACCCAACAUCUGCUAAGAGACCCAAGCUCGAGAUGAACAAUGAACUGCGUCAAAAAAGAGAGAAGUUACGGAGGCUGCUCAGCAGUCAGGAACCAGACAACCGAGAAGGCGGGACAGAGCCUAAGGAAGAGGAUAAAGCAGCACAUGCAGAGCAAGAGGUCAAAGAGGCUAUAGUAGACCGCUCUGCAACCCUGAGAGCCCGUAUGGAACAGCGGUUGGAAGCAGCACGUUUUCGCUACAUUAAUGAGCUCCUGUACACCACAUCCAGCGGUGAAGCAAAACGCAUGUUCAAACAGGAUCCCCAAGCAUUUGGGAUUUACCACAAGGGCUACACAGCUCAAGUUCAGAGAUGGCCAGCUAAUCCAGUGGAUGCUAUUAUCGCCUACAUUCGUCGAAAACCUGCCUCUCUAGUGGUUGCAGACUUUGGCUGUGGUGACUGCAAGAUUGCCUGUAGUGUAAAGAACAAAGUGCACAGCUUUGACCUUGCACCGGUCUCUGAGCUUGUAACUGUCUGCGACAUGGCCAAUGUUCCUCUUGAUGAUGGCACCGUGGACAUUGCUGUGUUUUGCCUUUCGCUUAUGGGGACCAACCUGACGGAUUUUUUAGUGGAGGCUAAUCGUGUCUUGGUGAUGGGGGGUGUCCUUCAAGUAGCAGAAGUGGCAAGCAGAUUUGAUGAUGUACGGCGCUUCCUGACUACAAUGGCCACUCUAGGAUUCAAGCUUGUUUCCAAGGAUACAGAAAACAGUCACUUCUACACCUUUGAAUUCAUCAAGACACAAGAUGCUCCAGAGAACAUGAAAAAAUUAAACCUGCAGUUGAGGCCGUGUGUGUACAAGAAAAGAUGAGUGAAAGUGAAAGGACUUAAUUAUAAAACGUGCACUUGUAUUUAGUUGUGCUUUAUGAAAUCUAUUCAAAGCUUCCCCUGAAAUAUCCGUGUAAUGGAUUGUGGUGGUGUCCAUUCACAUUGGUUUCCCUUCUGUAUACGCUGAAAGAUUUUAUUGAUUUAUUACUGAUAAAUAUAACAUUUCAUGUUGUGCUUUUUCUGAGAAAGUGUUUCUUUAAAAUAGUAAUCCUGUCAUGAAAAGUGGAAUUGAAAUUUCAUCAUCGAUGGGGGAAAUUAAUUAAGAACAGUACCUA